AUGCAGACGCCAGUGGUUUUGCGGCAGAAAUGGCUCAAUUACCAUCACCGGGGUAACACCCUCGUCUCCUCCCGGCCCUGCGGUGCGACACGCCCCAGUUUGCUGACUUUGACAAACCCUUUAUUUUGGUCAGAGCACAUGGCAGCGGCAGCUCAUCCCGGUGACAGCCUCGCUCGGCGCAGCCACAGGUGGAGUUGAUCUUUCCCCAGAGGGAACAGCUCAAAGACUAAAGUAACUUUCUUUGAACUAAUUAAUCUUUCUACCUUGACGGAGGACACUCAAAAGUUUAUUUUGGUGAAGAGACUUUUUGUGUGUCGGUGCAAAUCGCCACCAGGUGGGGACGACGACACCUUUAUCUUGGUUCUCAAGAGUGCACGGCAGCCUGAUCAAUGGCGCUGACAGUGAACUUGAGUGGUCCAUCACCAUGGGGUUUCAGAAUAGUUGGAGGAAGGGACUUCAAGAAGGCCAUAACUGUAUCAAAGGUCAAUGGAGGCAGCAAAGCAGAGCAAGCAGCUCUCAAACUAGGUGAUGUCAUCUUGGCCAUCAAUGGGGAAAAUACUGCUGACAUGCUAAAUGCAGAAGCCCAAAAUAAAAUCAAGAACUCCAAGACCCAUCUGCAGCUAGUUGUGGAAAGGUGUGAUUUAUCCAGCCCUCGCCAGACAAACGGAAUCAGCACCCCUGAACAGCUUACAGGACGAUUUCAGGAGUCAUUAAUAGUGAGUCGAGAUGAGAACCAGAACUACAGAGAGUACACCAUUUCGAGUCCUGCAUCAAUGUCACCUGGGCCUUAUUCACCACAUCCUCCUGCCAGUCCUGAUGGGAAGAGAGAUGGGCUGCUAGCCACCACCAACAGGAGUGUUCAGCUGCGCUCAUGGUCGCCAGAAGAGAAGAGUUUCAGACUGCCAAGACCACUUUCACAGGACUUCUCUCCUUCCGACUACAGAAACAAUUCUUUGUCGAGCAGAACCCCUACCCCACCAGGACGCUACUCGCCCAGUAGCUCAAUCGAUCAGGAUGUUCACAUGUCUCCUCGUCGCAGUAGUUCAAGCUCUGAAUUCAUCAUGCAGAAGUUUGACAAGGACUCCGAAGUGUACAAAAUGAUCCAGGACAAUCGAGAGUCUCGUGUGGCACCUCGUCAAUCCAAUACCUUUAAGAUGCUCCAAGAAGUUCUGGAGGCUGAUGAGAAAGAGGCGGCACUGAGGUUCCCGGGAAAGCUAUCCCCCAAUCCUCCCAAGCAAAGUGCGCCCGUGGGAGGAGUCAGCAAAUAUCACAUCUGUGAGAAGUGUGGCACCAGCAUUGUCACACAGGCUGUUCGCAUCGUGGACGACCGCUUUCGCCACCCCGAGUGCUACACGUGCACAGACUGCGGCCUUAACCUCCGAAUGAGAGGUCACUUCUGGGUGGGAGAUGUGAUGUACUGUGAGAAGCACGCCAAGCAGCGGUACCAAGGCCCAGGGAGCUCGCCACGUUCCAGCGUGUCUCCUCCUCGCCAGUGAGUCUGCGCCCACUCCACGCAGAGUGCUGCUGGCCUGCCUGAAGAUCCACCUCGACUGACUCUGUUAGGGAUAUCGGGAAUGUGGACAGGGAUCAACAUGGCGGAGAAUGUUCUUUUCCGAUCACAUUUAACCAUGUUGGGCAUUAUCAUCAUUCACUUAAGUUAACUUUGUGGUAAGACAAUUUUGGGGAGGUUUUCCAUGUGCCUCACCGGCACUGUCACUGCUAUGGAUUGUGGACACCACACUGUACUGAGGCCAGUUUUACAACAGGGACUCUAUUUGACAAUCUGGAUAAUCAUUCUUGGUGAUACAAAGGGACCAAAUCCGACCCAGAACGCAUGCCAUGUUACUGUGUGUGGGUGCGCAUGUUGCUUGCAACUGUGUGUGUGUGUGUGUGUGUGUGUGUGUGUGUGUGUGUGUGUGUGUGUGAACAUGAGAGGGAGUAGAGAGUAGAGGAAUACUGAGUGUCAGUGAUGUUUGCAAGCUCGAAUGAUUUUGUUUGGAGUUUUUUUCUGCGCUAGGCAAGCCCUACAUGCCCUCAAAAUGUUUGUCUCUGUGUUAACAGAAUUUAAUAGGAAAAACAUUUGGAAAAAAAACGUAUUUGCUGACUAUUUCUUGCUGUUGCUUAUGAGGGGUUAAAGAUUCUUUCAUCAUACAAAUACUUUAAUGCGUGAUUGAACACUAUGCAAUAAUAUAUAUCAUUUGCAAUGCCUAAUGUACAGUAUGCACAAGAAAAGAAAAGUGUGUGAAAAGAAGCAGUGAUGAUAUUCGCCUAUUUACAGCAGUACUCGACAUGGGCACUUAAUAAAUUGCACAACUUGAA